CGAAGUUGUCUUACAUAUGAACAAUUUCAGUAAGUUCGUUUUAUUUUGAAAAACAAACCACAAAACUCCUCUCUUCCUUUCUUCUACACAUUUGCGGCCAACUUCAACAUCCAACUUCAAAUCACAUUUCAUCAAAUAUGGAAGAAAAUCUACCUAGGGGUAGGCAUGGAAAGGCAAUCAAUGCACAUGCUUCCGCUCGUAGAGAGCUUGCUGCAAAUCAUCCGUCCAAACGAGGUCGUCGCAAAGGACCAACUCCGGGGCAAGGUACACAUGAUGCCGAGGCGGGUGGGUCGCAUACACGUGGACGGACACGUCUAGGACAAUCAUUGGUGGUGCAAGAUGAAUUUGAUGCCGACCAAUUUUUAAAUGCGUGUUUUGAUUAUGAUGAUCUUGGAUCACCACAAGUCUCACCACAAGUCUCACCGCAACACUCACCGCAAGAUGAACCGCAAGACCCACCGCAACAACCACCUCGACAACAACGGCGCAAACCGGUACGCCGAAGACCACCAAAGUGUUCACGUAAUGAUGAUGAAGUAGGUUUUGGAGGAGGACCGACGGAUUUGUCCUUGUUAACGGAGUACGAUAAGCAUAUGGCUCUUCCGAUAUGGUAUGCAGACCCAAAUGACAAAGAGAUUUUAGCGGUAAAUUUACGUUGCAUCGCCAGCGGAAAAAAAGUUAUUAAUAUACAAAAACCGUCCCGCCGCACGGACAGGUGGUUUUGGGAUGUGGUUGAAGCAUCGGGUUUGGAGCCGCUUACCCGGACUAAUUUUAGCGUGCUUGACUACGGGCUCCUCUGGGCAUUUGUUGAAAGAUGGCAUACGGAGACGAGUUCAUUCCACAUUCCAUUGGGUGAGCUGGCCAUCACAUUGGACGAUGUCCAGUGUCUGUUGCAUAUUCCGAUCGAGGGAAAGUUUCUGAACCAUGGCAAAAUGUCAAGGGAUGAAGCGGCUGACAUGGUUAAUUCAUUUCUAGGAGUUGAUCGGAAUGUUGUUAUGGGUCAUUUUGCCAAAAUGAACGGGCUCCAUCUGAAGCAUUCUGACGUGGAGGAUAUCUAUAGUAUUAACCACGGAUUAGCUGAUAAAGCUGUUGCUGAAGGUAAGUCGGCGCAUGAGAUUAAGCUGUAUAGGGACAGGUCCAUACGGGCUUUCUUGCUAUUUUUGGUCUUUUGUACCAUAUUUAGCAACAAAAGCAGUUACUACGUGGACGUAGUAUACCUGCAGUAUUUUCAGGAUUUGUCGGCUGUCCGUGAAUGGAAUUGGGGUGCUGCUGCUCUGGUUCAUUUGCAACAUUAUCUGGAUGAUGCGUGUUUGGUGACAGUGAAUCAGAUGGCUGGGUACAUGUCUUUGCUUCAGGGCUGGAUAAUUUCUCAUUUUCCGGGACUUAGUGUGUGGGCGCAGGAUCCUAUCUAUUCUGAGAGCAUGCCUCGAAAUGCAAAGUUUGUUCCCGGAGCUGGACAUAGGGAACCAAGUAGCUAUAGAAACAGUUUGGAUAAUAUUCAGACGUACGGCUGCGUAUUCAGUCCAUAUGAUGAUCACCGACACGUCCGCCCUUUGAUAAAUUCAUGCUGGUUUUCUGGAUGGUUGAGAUGUGGUAAUUUGAAAGCAAAGCACUUGCCUGAACGCGUGCUUAGACAAUUUAAACAUGUCCAAGGCAUUCCAAGAAAACCGGAUUUGUCUGCGACUCCGGGGAUGAGCCUAUGUGAGAUUGAUCGUGUUUUUAUGGAGGAGUUGGAUUUGAGGAUGAUUGCUGAAGAGAUGAGGGGUCAGGCUGUGGUUAGCGCAUGGGACCAUGAACCUGGAUACAUGACAUGGUUUUACAAAGUGUCGCAUCCAGUUAUGCGACCUGUACAAGCUCCGGCGUCACCACCAAGGCCACCUAACUUAGAGGUGUUGAUAGAGGCCGCGGAAGCAAGGAAUGACCCUAACAUGCUUCAGGUAUGCCGUGGUGUUAGGGAUGAGGUGGAGAGGUCACUUCGCGAAGGUGAGGCGGUGGAAGGAACUCCUGUUCAUGGUACUUUGCGGAGGAUUUUGAAUUUGCUUAACCCUGUUUUGACGUGUCGGCGACUUAAGCGGGGUAGAGGGAGACGGUACAACACUCGAGAGUAGGCUUAGCUAAUAU